AUGCUUACAUUCUGUGAUGGUAAACCGCCACAAGUUAUUAAUGCAUUACAAUCAAAAGAAUGUGUUUUCAGUACAAUUAUUCCAGAAAUAAAUGAGCCAUGGUAUUUAAAAUUUAAUAAUUCAGCCAUUUAUGAUGAUAAUACUGGAGAUUUAUUUACACAAAUGUUUUUGGAAUUAGGAAUGAAAAGUUUUGAUAAAUUUAUAGAAAAAUUAAUAAAAUUACCAAGAAAAUCAUUAAAACAAUCUAGAGAAGUUUUAGAGAAAAGAGAACGUAUUAUAGUCCAAAUUGAAGGGCUAAGAAAAUCAUUAAAUAAUGGAAUAUCAAAACUGAAUGAAAUAGAAGAGACAUAUGAACAAUUUUAUUUGAAUCAGGAUAAGGUUAAUAAAAAUAAAGAUUUUACAAUUUUUGUUCAUAAAACAAAACCAAAAAAGUUUGAAUUAAAAGGAGAAUAUGCAACUAAUUGUAAGAAAUGUAAGAGAACAUGUCAUUAUCCAUGUCAUGUUCCAUCUCUUAUUUCAUUAUUUACGAUAAGGGCAUGUCAUUGUAUUGAAAACGGACGUUGUACUGUAUGUGGGUGUAGUCACUCAGAUCAUGAAAACGAAUCAUAUAAAUGGGAUAAUGAAAUUGAGGUCAUAAAGGAAACAGCACAAGAAGUAUUUGAAAGAUAUAAUGAAGGUAAAGAAGGUAUGGCUAAUGCAGAAAAUCUGUUAAAAAAGUUAGAAGAAGAGUAUUAUGAAAUCCAAAUUGAUUGUUAUGACAAACAACAAGAAAUUAUAGAUUGUAAUAAUAGAUUAUCAGAAAUUGCAUUAAAUGGUAGAAUUAAUAAUUCUAAUGAAUAUUUAGACCAAUUAAUUGAAACAGAAAAUGAAGGAAAGAAAAGUGGAUAUAAAGAAAGAAUAAAUGGAUACAAACAACUCAAAGAAACAAAUAAAAUGAUAGAAGAUAUUAUGAAAAAUUCAAUAACAAAAAAGAGCAGAGAAGAGAUUAAAGCAGAACUUGAAAGAAAAAUGAACGAAAUAAAAGAAAGAGAAAAAUUAAAAAUAGAUAAAUACGGUGUUAAAAACUGUGUUCAAAACUGUGUUAUCUGCUAA